AUGUCACGAAUGUCGAUUUCGUAUGAAAUCUAUAGUUUACAGGCUCGGGAAGAUCGGAUCGGCAUUAUGGAACAAGUUGUAAUGCUUUCGGCAGAUGAUGCUGCUAAACAUUUACCUGAAUUCAUUGACCUGCUACGAGACUCUGUUGAGAAUGGCGGAUCGAUUGGAUUUGUGAUACCUAUGGAACUGAAGGUCGCUGAAUCAUUUUGGUUGGGAGUGUUUGAGGACGUACAGACUGGGAACAGGAAGCUACUGGCUAUUCUAUCAGAUCAAGGUGUGGCCAGCCGCUCCCCUGCUGAAACAUCCUACAUUACGCAUCGUGCCGAGGUCCAGAAACUACUAGUGCACUCGUCAAAACGAAAAAACGGUCUUGGUUCGCGGCUGAUGGAGGCAGUCGAAGAUUUAGCUCGAAAAGAGAACCGACGGCUUCUAGUGCUUGACACUAUUGAAGAGAAUAUCAAGUUUUACCAACGACUGAAGUGGAAUCUUGUUGGUGAAAUCCCAGAGUUUGCUCUGAGUCCAUAUGGUACAGACCGUGACGCCGAUUCAACGUAUGUGUUUUACAAGCUGCUCCGUGACGCGUAG